UGAUCACGAGCUCUAAACUACAUUGCUUAAGCCAAACAUUUAAAGUGGUAUUUUUAAUCAUCUCGAUGGCCAUGUGCUCGUAUCAGGUCUAUAAGAUUAGCGUUUUAUACUUCUCGUACACCACAACCACAUCCGUCAGCUAUCAGAAGGUGUCCACCAUUUCUAUGCCCGGAAUCAGCAUUUGUUUCAAUAAAGAGUCGCUUCUUCGCGAAGAAUACCGCCGAAUACUGAGUGAAGAUAAUAAUGGCUCUCAAUUGAACGCAUCGGAACUGUUGGAACAAAUCAAUUUGUGGCCAAUAAACAAACAACACUCAGCUUUAUAUUCAAUGUCCGAUAUUUUCAACAACUCUUGUCGGGCGUCAAAGCCGAUAGCGUUCGCCAACAGCACCGACCAACACAUACCGUGUCAUGUGAUCGCACCGAUACGCCAGAGUAUCAAUUACUUCAAGUGUUGCUUCACAUUCCUGUCACAACUGGAUGACGAGCCGACGGACCGGUACUUAAUAUACGACGACUUGGCCUUCAAAGACUAUCUGACGGACCUCUUCCACAUCGACGUGAGCGCGACAUUCAAUUCCAUGGAUCUAAUCAUCCAUUCGCGCGACGAACGGAUGGCCAACACAUACAAGAAACGGAUCAUGAAGUUUGAGUACCGGCCAAACACUGUCUUCUACGCCGAGUAUCUGGUGACCAGAGUGUCAAGUCUGCCGCCGCCGUACGCGACCCGCUGUUACGACUAUAAGGCCAGCGGACACAAGUCGCGACAGAACUGUAUCCAGCGGUGCCGCGUGGACCACAUGUCGGCCGAGUUGGGCGGCGGUUGCCCGGCAACUAUCUCACCGAGAAUAUGA